AUGUGGGACGGCUUCUUCAUGCUGCUCGCCCUGAGCACGAUAAUGGGCGUUGCGUCAUUCCUUGCUGGCAUAUUACCGCUCUCCUUUUCGCUGUCACCGCGCCAGCUGCGCAUCCUCACCUUGUUAGGGGCUGGAGUGCUCGUAGGAACAUCGAUGAUAGUCAUCAUCCCCGAAGGCAUUGAGACCAUGUACAGCGCAGGGGCAAAGAGCCACACGCGCUUGUCCCAGAAAGCCAUCCAGCCUACGAUCCCGUCAGUUUCUACGCUACAGAACGGCGUCAGGCACCCCACCGACUGGAGGCGGUCCGACGUGGCUGACGCAGUGAGGGCCGCGCUCCCCAACUUUUCUGGUGACAAGGCCCCGAUCGAGGUGCAGGUGAAGAAGACCAAGGGCGAAAAGGACAAGGGGAAAGGAAAGGAGGUGGAAGAUAUGCAUCCACAGAAGGGCGGGGACGACGAUUCAACUGAAGGCCACAAGGAGGGACACACCCGCGUGCACGCUCCAGAGGAAGACGAGCACCAUGUCGCAGUCGAACACGACGAGGAGUCUAGCCCGCACGCCUUCAUUGGAGUCGCAUUGAUCCUGGGGUACAUACUCAUGUUCCUUGUCGACCACCUCCCAGAAACGUUUGCAAGCUCGAAGCCAAAGUACCAGCCGAUGCACAUAUCGUUAUCAAAUCUCCACCGAGGUCCACACAAUGCCUCGACUCUGAGUCUAAAUGGCAUGGCAAGCGAGGCCGUCACACCCCUGGCAACGCCAAUGCCUCUACAUAUGGCACCAAAGAAGACCUCGGCCACUACAAUCGGUCUUGUGGUACAUGCAUGUGCCGACGGCAUUGCUCUUGGUGCUUCCUCAACUGCACCUUCGACCUCAUUAUCACUCGUCAUAUUCUUUGCGAUCAUGCUCCACAAAGCUCCAGCAGCAUUUGGCCUCACGUCAGUUCUGCUGAAGCAGGGCUUGUCAAAGAAGACGGCUCGUACCCAUCUUGCGUUUUUCAGCUUGGCCGCCCCUGUAGGCGCACUAGCUACCUGGGCGAUUGUACAUACCUUUGGACGCGGCCGGUUAGGUGGAGAUGAAGGGCUGGCCUGGUCUACCGGCUGGGUACUGUGCUUCUCUGGUGGCACAUUUUUGUAUGUCGCUAUGCACUCGAUGAGCGAGGCAACAUCAAGCCAAUCGCAUGACGAAUCCGGUGCGACUGGUUAUAUGGAUGCUUACCCUGGUAACAAGAGUCUGUCUAAGACAGACAUCGCCAUCGUCAUGUUCGGCAUGUUGUUUCCUCUCGUCACACAGAUUGGGCAUGCGCAUGCACAUUAA